AUGACUAAAUAUUUUAAUGUUGAUAUUGAUAACAUAAUCACCGACUAUGAAUUAGCCUACCAACAUGCAAAGGAGAGCUUCGUCGAUGAAAUAAAACGAACCGAUGAAAAUAUACUGAAAGUAUACACACAGGACAUAGAGGAAUAUAGCAAGACAUUAAAAAAUCUCUCAGAUGUAAAUAACAAAAUUAGCAAGAGCCGUGAUACGCUUCAACACAUUUCCGACAAAGUCAAAUGUGAACAACAGAUAUUGCAAACAGAAAACGAUCGCUUGGAGUCUAUUAAUAAUGAAUGUCAUAGUUUGGGAGCUACAGAAAUUGAGUUGAAUGAUGUGAUAAAUAAGACCAAAGAGCAACUCACCCAAGUGUAUAAAGAAAAAAAAACAAGCUUAAAAAAACUUAAGCGAGAAAUAAAUUCAUUCAAAGCUGGAGUAAACAUGUAUGAGCGAUUUUUACAGUUGAAUAUGAAUAUUAAAACUAAUGAUACAAAUACUUUAAUCGAAAUUACCAUGAAAAACGUUAAAAAUCAUUCAGAUUACAAAGUCACAUUUUAUGCGGAAAAUGAAAACAAUUUCCAUCUUAUUGACAUUAACCCACACAGCCCGACAGUUAUGAAGGCAGCAAAAUUGUACGAUCAGACCCAAGAUAUCCAAGGCCUGUUAGCUUUCUUAUGUACAUUAUAA